AUGCGAGCCAAGAGCGAAGACCUGUCCCACUGCAAAUGCGUCCUGGUGUUCACCAUUCUCACCGACAUAUUCGGGAUCACCAUCGUCCUGAUGGGAGUCUUUGUUCCGCUCGAACUUAACGGUCGUGACUUCGGUGACCUGCUGGUGUACUCGGGUGCGCUGCUGGUCCUGAUGUCCAUGGGAGGCUGGGUCAUGUGGUACAGCGGCAACAUUAAAGGAUUAAGCACCACCAAGGAACUGGGAUAUAAACCCAGUGCCGUGGAUCGCCUGGCUCGCUCACUCAGUCGCCGCAUACGGAGGAUUGACACCAUUCCCUGACCCUAGACCUGCUUGCGGAGAAAAACUGAAGACACAACCAGGACAGGGUGCAAAUUAAUUUUGGGAUGAGACACUUUUGCUUACACCUAGCCAGAGGAAAUCAGAGGAGUCAGAAGGAACCUUGGCACUUGGCACCGUACAAUUCAAGGAAUUGAAGGUUAAGAAGAGUCUUGCUCAGGGCAACAGUGGCACCUCAGCUUACCCAUUGUGCCACCAUUGCCCCACAAGACAGAGGAUCUUUGAACCUUGUUAGACCGUCCACUAUUCUGCUUUUCUCUUAUAUCACACUCAAUGUACCUGUUAAUAUGCAUUCAUUCAUGUCUGUUUUACCACUGUUUUAUCCUGGUCAGGGUCAUGGUGGGUCCAAUUCACUGGGUGAAAGAUAGGAAACACCCCGGACAGGUCGCCAGUCCAUCACAGGGCCGUUAAUAUCCAGUGGCUUAAAAUGUUCUUCAUUCUAAACCCAUUUUCAACAUGACUGCUUGUUAGAACUUUGGAUUUGUAUCAUAUAUUAUUGUAAUUAGUUUUAUGUUCCCAAU